AUGAAUCACCCAGUCAUUCAGUCAUUUGAAGGAAAAAUCAAAAUACUUUCACGAAUUACCAUCAAAGUCCAAAAUCCAAACCAAUUAGCCACCAUUUCUAAAUUAUCCAACUACAACAAGUACGAUAUUGUCUCCAUCCUUCCCCUCAAUGACCAAGUCCUCGAGAAGCUUAAAAUGUCUGUUCAAAGGGGAGUUUGUGUUGAAAUAUGCUAUUCUGGGGCAAUUCGAGAUCCCUCACAACGUGUCAAUAUUCUGGCCAGUUCUCUGAGUCUUGUUUUGGCUGUGUCUGGAAAGGGAAUUGUCUUUGGUUCGUGUGCAGAGAAAUGCUUUGAUGUCAGAUCUCCUUUGGAUGUGCGGAAUAUGGCUCAAAUCUUCCGGAUUUCAAAGUCUAAAAGUAAAAUAUGCAUUUCCGAAAAUCCCAAACAAGUUCUUAAACACGCAUUUUCAAGGAAAACUGUUCUUGGUGUUGUGAUUGGUGUUCAUUCUGAUCAACUUGAUGUGUGGAAGAGAACUAAAUCUUAUCAAUAUUCGUUGAUUGAACAGGAUAGUCCAUCAGACGAGCAUAUCAGUCAGAGCAAAAGACUAAAAAUUGAAUAA